GAUUGGGAAGUUUGGGAAAGCGCGGGCAACAUCCGGGUACCUGAGAUCUUUGCGCUGAGGCGCGCCUUGAGAUUGUUCCUUUUGGCCUCCGUAGCCAUGUUGAAGUGCGGGAUGAGCGGAAGUCAGGUUAAAGUAUUUGGGAAAGCAAUCCAAGCUCUAUCACGAGUGAGUGACGAGCUGUGGCUAGAUCCAUUGGAAAAAGGUCUUGCUUUAAGAUCUUUAAAUUCUUCUUCGUCGGCUUGUGGAUAUGUCCUGUUCUCUUCAGUGUUUUUUGAACAUUAUCAGUGGUCAGCCUCAAAGGAAAUGAACGACGAUGGCCGAUAUUUGAAUUGCAAAUUGGAAAUGAAGUCAAUUCUACCCAUCUUUAGAUGUGUAAAUUCCUUCGAAAGAAAUGUAGAGAAGUGCAAAAUAUUCACCAGAUCUGACAAGUGCAAAAUUGUUAUUCAGUUCUUCUGCAGACAUGGUAUUAAAAAAACUCAUAAUGUGUGUUUCCAAGAAAGUUUGCCUUUGGAAGUUAACUUUGAAAAGAAAAUGUGUUGUAAUACUCUAAUGAUUCAACCAAGAUUGCUGGCUGAGGCAAUGGUUCUUUUUUCAUCGAAUCAGGAUGUUACUCUUGCUGUUUCUCCGCUGAAUUUGUGCCUCAAGAGUGCUCAUGGGAAAUCAGCAGCAGAUCUGACCAAUUCUGUGUACAGUGAGAUACUUGUUGGCCCAGAUGAGUUUGACUUCUUUCAGGUUGGAUUGGACACUGAAGUAACAUUUUGCUGUAAAGAAUUGAAGGGGAUGCUGAUAUUUUCAGAAGCUACACAUGUUCCUAUGUCCAUUCAUUUUGAUUUUCCUGGGAAACCCCUGGCUCUGAGUAUUGUUGAUAUGCUACUGGAGGCUAACUUCAUUUUGGCUACUUUAACUGAUGUCCCAAGCAGGGCACGUUUCCCUCAAUCACUGUGUCUUUCCCCAGCAGGAAAAAGGUCAGAUUGGCAACAGUCAAAUUCAAAGGCUGGCCAAAGGGGGACACACCCGGUCCCAGAGUGUAUCUCAAGAAAAACAACACCCAAAAGGCUUUGUCCUCGGCGGUCUCCCGUGAAGAACUCAGCAGCAGAAGUCCUUGGCAGCCCACAGCUGAAGAAGGCCAACCUGGAUGACAUCCAUGAGAUGCCCCGAAGCUGUGUCGGAGACACAGAAGAUGGGCCAAACUCUUUUUCCCGCAAGAAGUUUUCUUCCAUGUUCUUUGGAGCAGUUUCUUCUGACCAGCAAGAACACCUCAACCGCCCUCUUGCCAGUCUGGCCAUGGCAAGUGACAGUGAAGACGACUGACCUGCCUGCAACUCAAGCACAUGUUUUCACACUUAGUGUGUAAGACAGUGUCCCAGACUUCCCUGACAGGAAGGGCGUCUGCUUCUCCACACGGCGUCAUCUUGUACAUGACUCAAUCUAGAAAGUUGCUUGUCAAGUAUAUAAUAUUUUUUUAAAAUUAUGUUACUUGGAGGCCAGUUUUUCUGUGUAGGAAAAAAGCCUGUUUGAGUUCAAUUCAGUGCAUGUUCACCCUGAAGUCUUCAACUCUCUGCCAGUAUUACAAAAGCAAACCUUUGGCAGCCAUUUGAAGAGAAUGGCUUGAAAUAAUUUUGAUUAGUAGUCAGCUUAUCUUCUGUAUUUGACUGCAAACAUUUGGAUUUUGGUGCUUUCAGAAACAGCAAGCUUAUGCAACCUUUUCUUAUUAGUGAUAUGACUUUUUUGGUCCUUUAAAAAUAUAUAUUUUAAAUAAAGCAACCCCUAGAAAAGAGUAAAAAUUAAAAAUGAUCACUUUAGACUCUUUUUUUUGGUACUGGCAAUAAAACCCAGGGUGGCUUUUGUACCAAGCUACAUCUGCAGCCUUUUUGUUUUAUUUUUUUUUGAGAGUCUGUGUUACUAAAUUUUCCAUCCUGAGCUUGAAUUUGUGACCCUACUGCCUCAGCCUCCUAGAAUUAACAGGCUGUGCCACCACACUCAGUUCGGUCUUAUUAUAUAUUGUAGAAUUUUAUUUCCUAGCCUCUAAAUUUUUCUGGUUUCAAGGUGUUUUUAUUUUGCAGUCAUUCAGAAUUUAAUAGAAGUGAUUAAAUGUUUCUUAUUAUCUGACACUGAGCACCUCUACUCAGACCCUGGGUUGGGAGUGGGAUGAGGCAGAAGACAAAUGUCUUUGUUCUUUGUUGAGAAUUAGCUAACCUGUACAAACUAAAAAAACCUGGCACAAAACAAGUUAUGUAAUAGCUUAUGGUGUGCUUCUUCCGUCCCUUAAACCUGUUUAUAAUGCAACAAAUGAGCUUUUUUAUGGCUAAGUCUUUGAGAAGCCAUCAAACCAUAGGAGGUGUUAACUGGCCAGCAAUUAUAUGAGAAACUUUAAAAGGUGGCUGUGUGAAUUAGUAUGCUCCAGAACUGUGAACUGAAAAGGGGAUGAAUUUGGCUGUUGAAGCUUAGUAGUGAGUCACAGCUACCCACAAUAACCUAAUAAAAACUCAAGUUCAGCUCAAGAUGUUCAAGUGAAUGAAAAUGGGCUUUUACCACACUAUUUGUGGAAACUGGCAAUGCCCACAUAAUUUCAACUACGUUCUUUCACACCGUAAGCCUAAGAUAUGUGUUUUAAGUUUACACUGAUGAUUAACACUGAAUUUCUAAUACUCCUAGCAAAUGCAGAGAACAUGUAUGCACAAGAUUAAGUUCAGGUGUCCUUGCCGAGGACAAAGUGUUCCAUCAGUUCAUGGAAACAGGGAGGAGUUUUAGCUGUGAAGGCAUAAUCCUCAGCAGUCGCCUGGGGCAGCACUGGUCUGUAAGAGAUAGUUACACUGUUCAACUGUAAGCACUUUGGAUUGUAGUUCAAAUAUACCAGAGUUUCAUAAGCUUCAUUCUGUGCUAUUUGGAAGGUGGAAAGCCUCAGCUGGGAAAAAAAUCUCUGCAUUUCACAUUUAAUGAUCAAUCCACUUUGAUGAAUAUUUGAGGAAACUAACUGAUGAUGUAAAGCAGCUGGUAAGAAAGCUAAGGCAGUUAAAAUAGUAAAGGACAGGGCCAGGGAUUUAGCUCAGUGGUACCAUCCUGGCUUUGCAAGUGCAAGGUCCUGAGUUUGAUCCCUGGUACAAAAACAUACUCCUCACAUACACCUCCACUCACACAUACCCCCAUCAUGCACGCACACACAAACAAGGACAGAAAAUGGUGGCUAUGAAUGCAGAGUCACUGGUAGGUUAAUGACUUGACAGAAACCAAUAAACUCAAUGUCAAGGGCCAGUGUCUGUCUUAGUUACUACUGAAACCAAAACAAGUACACAGAAUAGUAUAAAUACUAUAUUUAUUAAAUACCUUUACAGUUUAUUUAAAUGUAUUUACAGAACUAUUCCUGCAUAAGUUAUAUUUCCGACAUCCAAUUCAGGUAAAUGCCUCUUGGGUAAGACAAAUAAUGA